AUGCUGGCAAGACUUGCUGCUCCCCGACAGGUUAGGCUAUUGAGUGGGAUAGGUUACAUACCACCUAAACUGGACGAGCUGUCCAAGAGAUGGCCUGAAAUGAGUGGUCCGUUGAAGGAGGAAAUAGUAGAGUAUCUGACAUGGAGAAUGGAGGAUAGCUGGAAGACGAUGCCGAGAGAGGAGAUCAAGGCCGCCUACUUCAUUUCGUAUGGCCCUUGGGGACCGAGGUCGCCCUCGGGACAGGGCCAACUCUCGCCAGCCUUCCUGGUCUGGAAGGGUUUGUUCAACGCUAUCCUCUUCCUGGCUCUAGGUGUCUCGAUAGUGAACCUGAAGAGAGACAAGGAGUUGGAAGAGAAGCUCAAACGGUUGGAAGAACAGUCUGAUUCCUCGGGGCUUUCUUGA